AUGGCCGCUUCGAUCAAUAUUCUCGGAAUCGGGAGUCGGUCUGCGGGCCGUACGCGGGGAGCUGCCACCGUCACCCUGUCUUCAAUCUAUGAUUCAACUUCAACCUUCAAAGUGACGGCGUUUGUUCUCAACGUUCUCACUCCAACGCUCCCCUCGUUCACAACUUCAAUCCAAUGGGAACAUCUUCAAGGACUUCUUCUAGCCGAUCCAGACUUCUUAAGACCAGGACUAAUCGACGUCAUCAUCGGAGCUGACUCGUAUGGUCUCUUGGUCGAGCCAGAAAUUAUCAAGGGUCGAGCCACUGAGCCUAUCGCCCAACGGACACUUUUUGGAUGGAUCGUGCUCGGCCCGGUCAACGAUUCUACUUCAAGUUCGGUUCGCGUUCAGCACACUUCAAUCGACGACAAGAUCGAUUUAUUGCUCACGAAGUUCUGGGAACAAGAGGAACUUCCUUCGGAUUCGGCCCCUACACCCGAGCCGGAAGAGGCGUCUUGCGAACAACACUUCAAGGACACGAAUACGAGAGACAACAACGGUCGUUACGUGGUUCGGCUUCCCUUUAAGGCACCUCCGUCUUCUCUCAGAGAUUCGUUUGUGUUGGGAAAGACGUCGCACGAUGUUAUGGGCCCAGGAGUGCAAAGUAAAGAAUAA